AUGAACUCGUUCCUGCUCAAUCGCGCUCUUGGUAGCGUCAGUCCUGCCGCCCUCACGCGGUCUCAAAACACGCGCCUCGUGUACUCGAUUCAGCCUGCAAGUCACGUAUCACUGAGCAUCAGCCCUCCAGACACACAAAACGACGAGGAUGCCUUGCAAAACGGCGUUGCGCACCCGUCUGGGGUAAACAGCAUCACUGUCGACAAGUUCGAAGGACGGUGGCUUCUCUCCGGCGGUGCAGACUCCUCGAUUGGUAUCUGGGACCUCGAGACGCCGACAAGCCAACCUGACGAGAGUCGCGUCAUACAGCCGCUCGGAUAUGCCUCCAAGACGUCAAAGACGGCCAACUUCGGCAUCACUCAUGUGUCUUUCUAUCCUUUCGACUCUCUAGCAUUUCUGUCCAGCAGUUAUGACCACUCGCUGAAGCUGUACUCGUCAGAGACCCUCGAAACAUCUGCCGCCUUUGAUCUCGAAGCCGUCGUCUACUCGCACGCCCUCUCGCCUGUCGCUUCACACUUACUGGUUGCUUGUGCCACACAAAACCCCGCCGUACGCCUAGUCGAUCUUCGCUCCGGUGCCAGUACACAUUCGCUUUCUGGCCACAGUGGUGCCGUACUCUCGACCGCCUGGCACCCGAAACGCGAACAUCUCCUGGCUAGUGGUGGCUCAGAUGGUCUAGUCAGACUUUGGGAUAUUCGCCGCAGCGCCAGCAGCUUGGGGGUGCUCGAUAUGGAAGACAGUCGGGGCGUCGGCGAUAAUGGCAACACACUACGACGUGAGCGUGGCAAAGCCCACUCAGGCGCUGUCAAUGGUAUAACAUGGGACGAGGCAGGAGACUUCCUCGUUUCAUGCGGUCAAGAUGACAAAAUACGCGUCUGGAAUGGACAUACUGGCGCGAACACGCUGACAAACUUCGGUCCUGCUGUCAAAAGCUCUACCACAUCGACUCUGCUACCAUUGCUUAGUCCCAGUCAUUUGACAGGUCCGACAAAAGAGAUUCUUAUCUAUCCUAACCCUCGAGAACUGCUUGUCUACGAGACGCACACGGGGAAGCUGAUCACUCGCCUGAGAACACCAUCAUACACGUCCACUCGUAUACAGGUGGCAGCAGGAUCGGGCACAAGAAAUGUCGUCAACAAAACAACGAGUCUGGCCUGGCGAGCCCAUCACAUCGAGCUUUACUCUGCUCAUUCUGACGGCACCAUCCGCUGCUGGAAACCGAGGACAUGGGAAGACGCACUGGACGAGGAAGACGAAGAUGAAGACGAAGAAGAAGUGGGCGAAGAUGCAAUGGAAAGAAAGCGAAAAAGGGAUGAAUUAGACGAUAUAGUUAAUGGCCUGACCAAGCGCCAAGUAACAUAUACUUGA